GAGCUAGUUAUUAUGUAGGUUAUAAACACAGCGCGCAUUAACACUGACUUAUUAACACUAAACUCUUUAUUCUGCUCAUUAAACUCUCAUUAUCGAGCUGUUUUACUCCACAAAGAGCCGAAGCUGACACGAUGACGGCCGACGACGUUCUGUUCGAGUUCCUUCACAUGGAGAUGGUGUCUCAUGUCCACACAGAGCAGGCGACUCGGGACGAUGUAGAAAAGGAGAGAGUCACGUGUGUGUCUGUAUUGGAGGGAAUGGGCUUCAGAGUGGGUCAAGGCCUGAUCGAGAGGUUAACGAAAGAUUGUCCCACCUUUAAAGAUGACCUGGACGUUAUGAAGUUCCUCUGUAAAGAUUUCUGGACUGGAAUCUUCAGGAAACAAAUUGACAACCUGAGGACCAACCAUCAGGGAACGUAUGUCCUCCAGGACAACAAGUUUGCUCUGCUGACUCAGGUUUCUUGUGGAAAGCAGCAGCUUGAAGAAUCGUCUAAAUAUUUGGCUUACACGUGUGGUUUAAUUAGAGGAGCCUUGUCUAACCUGGGCUUGGAGGGUGUGGUGACUGCUGAGGUUUCAUUAAUGCCAUCAUGCAAAUUUCAGGUUGUGAUCCAGAAACCUUGAAAUGGACAGAAACCCUGAUCGUCUCUGUCCGCUUGCUCUGAAUGUAAUGAUGAGAUGUUUACAACAAAGAUGUUUACAGCAGAUUCCAGCAGACGCUGUGAGAGAACAGAACCAAGUGAGAAGAAACAGAACUGUAGAAUAACGAUGACGACUCUCAGGUCUCAGGAGGAACAGGAAGCUGUCCUGCUGCUCAGAUCUCAUCCCUUCUGCUGUGUUCAUCUCAGACCUGAAGCCCAGAGACAGUUUACUAAAACCUACAAUAAACAAAUGAUGACAAACUAUUUAUUAAACCAAUAGAGUCUCAGAUAGCAAUAAAAAUGUGUUCCACCAUUUAUUCCUUCUUGUUUUUGUGUGAUGUGGAUUUCUGACUCUUCAGUUGUAGUUUAAAAGAUGAUCCUUGGGUUUUAAACACAGGAGAAAUGAUUUCAGCUCCGUUUGUGUUCUGUACUCUGAAGCUCGAGUAACACGAACCCACAGUUUCAUUUUAUUUCACUUUCAGACGGUUCACUCUUUAUUGUAAGUGUGCAGUGUGUAAAUGUGUUUAGAUCUAGUUGUGUUCUGGACUUUAUCUCCAGUCUCCUUUGCAUCUAUUCCACAGGAAGUGACUUUUUAUAUCGUAUUGAGGGUUAAAAAAAAAAGCUUCUUUGGAUUAAAAGACCAUUCUGUUCUUUCUUCUUCUUCUCCUUUUUUUUUUUUAAAUAAAUGUUGUCUUUAUUUCCUGUGAA